AUAUGGUAUGGUAUUUUUAGUAGUUCCCAUCCGAUGAUCAUCGAUGCAGAUAUCCAUGAUAUAUCACUGGUCCGGGAAUUAUGGCCUUAAAGCAGCUGAAAGCUCAUCGAUGGAUCAUCGCAAACUUCCUCUGACGCUUCAACUUUACUUCUCGCCUUAGCCAACAACAUGCAGACAGCCUACUCAAAAUUCAACAUCUCCGAGUCUGUUUCAGAUAUCAUCAGAGCACUACAAAGUAUCAUCGCACGAUCGCAAGUGAUCAUUCCAGUCCUUGAAACUCCAUACUCCAGAAUCCUCAAUACCGAUCGCUCUACCGUCGGGCUCGAAGGCCAGACCAUUAUCAACAUCAUCGCCGAACACCAGCAGCAGUUGGAUGCAAUCCUAUAUGAGAUCUCGGGCCUGGAGGCCGUGAUGGAUAGCGUCAAAAAUCUUCAUCACCAAGUCGUCGAAAAGAAGGACAAGAUUACGGUGUCGAUGAAUCUGCACAAGGGACUCGUAUCGGCUCUCUGGCGCUUGCCCACGGAAGUCCUAUCCCAUAUAUUUAAAUUCUGUCUCCCCGAAACUAGAUUGUUGUUAUCCCCGUCAACCCUCAAAGCCUCCAUGCUGUUAACAAGAAUAUGCCGGCGAUGGAGGGAGGUUGCGGUGGGUACGCCCGAAUUAUGGUGCAGGCUGUAUGUAGAAGCCGACGACAGAGACUGGGAGCAAGCAGCUUUCUGCUAUGAUACGUGGCUCAAGCGUUCGCGAGGACGUCCGCUCUCGUUAGCACUCGGGCGCUACCACUCGACCAAACUACGAAGCCUUCUUCAGCCUUACAUCACUCAUAUCACAUCUCUCCGCGUCUCUGUGCACUCCUUCCAGGGCGAAUCCACUCAACUUUUUUUGACAGAUCUCCCGGCACUUCAGGAGUUGGCCAUACUAGGAAUGACAAAAUAUGAUAUUCCAACUAUUGCACAAUCCAUCUCGCGACUGCCGUCCACCAUACGCAGUCUCAAGUUCAUUGACAUGAGGCCAUUUUUCGACAUCGAGCCCUUGUCUUCUUUCAGCCCUGUAUGGGCCUACUUGACGGAUGUUCAGAUCGCCGUGUGUCACCCGAACGCUGUCCUCCAUUUACUCCAGCUAUGUCCGAACCUCUCCUCCUUAACUCUCCGCAUAGCAUUCGACCAAACAGAAUCCUUGGAAUCAUUCACGCACACUAAAUUACAAUCCUUACGCAUCCUUUACGACGCUUUGCUCACGCGCCCUCUAUCUGACCUGCUCAACGCUCUAUCGCUUCCCAAUUUGCGCACGCUUGAAGCUCGCCGCAAUGGCCGCAAUGCAUCUUGGCCUCAUGAAGAUAUGAAGGCAUUGUUGGCAAGGUCAAAGUGUUCCCUGGAGACCUUGACUAUCGGCGGUCGAGUGACGAUAACAGAUGCGCAGCGAGCGGAAUAUGUUAUCCUCACUCCUUCCCUCCAAGUAGUAGUGGAUCACAGUAGUACAUACUUCUGA